AUGCCCAGGGCUGUCAUGUGCCACGAACUGGGGCCUUAUCAGAACCUGAAGCUGGAAGACGUGCCUGCUCUGGGCAAGCCGAGCCCCGGAGAGUUAGUCGUUCGGAUCGCAUCUGCUGGCUUGUGUUUUCCCGAUAUCCUGGUCGUGCUGGGCAAACAUGUGUUCAGUAUGGAGCCUCCCUUCACCCCCUGCAACGAGUUCUGUGGUACCGUAACGGUUGUGGGCGAAGGGUGCCAGCUGAAGCCGGGUGACGUCGUCUUCGGCAGGUCGGCGACGGUCAAUGGCACGCUGAGGGAUGAGGUUAAUGUCCACGAGAGUGUGGUCUACCCGGCCCCGGCUGGGAUCGAUCCACACAUUCUCGCAGGUCUCGAGACAAAUUACGGGACAACCAUUCACGCUCUCAGGGACGUCGCCAAGCUGCAGCCCGGGGAGAGGCUGUGUGUCCUCGGGGCGUCUGGCGCGACCGGGAUUGCCGCCAUCGAGCUCGGUAAGGCGAUGGGGGCAACCGUCGUUGCGUGUGCGUCCUCGCCCGAGAAGCUUGCAGCGUGCAAACAGUAG